AUGGUAGAUAUUCAAAUGGAGGCAAGUAAUAAUAGGAAGCGUAGAAAGGAACAGCAAGACAGUAAGAAUAAUAAUAAUCAAUUGCGUGUUUCGAGCACUCCACGCACGCGUUCGCAGGUAUCCCCAGACUGGACUACUAAAGAAGCACUCAUUCUAGUGAAUGAGAUUGCUAAUGUUGAAAAAGAUUGUUCGAAAGCUGUAUCGACUUACCAGAAAUGGAAGAUCAUUGUCGAUAACUGCAUUGCACUGGAUGUUGCACGUAAUUUGAAUCAGUGUCGGAGUAAGUGGAACUCUUUGGUUACUGAGUACAACCAGAUUAAGAACUGGGAUAAGGAGUCCGAGUCGCGGAGUGACUUUUACUGGUCUUUGGAUUGUGAAAGGAGAAAGGAGUUCGGACUUCCUGAGAAUUUUGAUGAUGAGCUGUUCAAAGCUAUUGAUGAUUAUAUAUGGGGCCAGAAGGAACACCCAGAUACAGAUCCAGAUACCGACCCUGAAAAGGGUGACUUGCUUGAUGUAAUAGCAAACCUGGGGGCCAAGAAACAAAGGCGGCGGUCAACGUCUCUGAAAACCCAUAUGGAAGAAAAGACUCACAAAUGCUGCAGAGAGGGUAACUCUCACACAAUCCAUGCAGAAGAGGAACCUCAGGAAAGAUGUGUGGAAGAAAAUCCUCAGAUAUACUUCUCAGUGGAAAAGCCUCAGAGAGUGCAUGUUGAAGAAGAACAUCAGGAAAGUCAGGUGCAAGAAAACACUCAGACAUACUGUGCUGAGGGAAAGAUUCAGACAAUCCAUGCAGAAGAGGGAUGUGAGGAAAGCCCUGCGGAAGAGCACCCUCAGUCAUACUGCUCAAAGGAAAAGCCUCAGACAAUCCAUGUAGAAGAGGAAACUGAGGAAAGAUACUUGGAAGAAAAUCAUCAGACAUGCUGUACAAAGGAAAAGCCUUGGUCAGUCCCUGCAGAAGAGGAACUUCAGGAAAGUCGAGUGGAAGAAAAGCCUCAGAAACGUUGUAGAAAAGAAAAACCUCAACAUGGCCAUGGGGAUGAAAAGCCUAAAAUCCGUCGUGGACGUAAAAAGAAAAUGCCCAGCGCAGAAGAGAUGGAGCAAGAGAUGGUGGAAAAACUUUGUGGGAAUGCUGAAAUGAUCCAUGCUGUAGUUAAUGGCAACCUUCCUGAGAUGGCAGACCUCGAAGCUGGUGAUUCAAAGAAUAUCCAGGGCUUCAAAACUGAUUUUAUAAGAAGUCAAGGGGACAAGCUUAUUGCAUGCCUUGAAAAUAUUGUCAACUGUAUUAGCCAGUUCCCUGGUCUUCUCCAAGAAUGUGACUAG